UUUUUUUUUCAGUGCAGUUCCAGCUGCCCUCUCGAACUAAACCCCACCACAGUCCUCUCUAUCUCUCGCUCUCUCUUCUCCUCACGAGCCGCUCCUCCGGCGGAUCCCUGACCCGCCCUUCCCUCUCCUCCCACCUAUAAUCAUAAAAAAAAAAAAGCAAAGAAAUUUAGUAUCCGAGGUCUUCUGUCGAACACUUCGUGUGCGUGUUACUUUAUUUUUUUUUUCAUUCCGUUUCUUCCUAGGGUUUGGUUAUAAUAACGCGAGGAGAGGGAAGAGAUAAAAGAAAAAAAAUUAACAAAGAAAAUUUUGGAUUGAAAAAAAAAUCUUGGCAAUGGCACAGGUACAACCUCAGCCUCAGAAUGCGAUUCCGGGAGCCAACGGUGCGGGUGGGGCCAACCAGUUCGUGACGACGUCACUUUAUGUUGGAGAUCUUGACGCUAACGUGACCGAUUCGCAGCUCUAUGAUCUGUUUAACCAGCUGGGCCAGGUGGUUUCGGUUAGGGUUUGCAGGGACUUGACCACCCGCCGAUCUCUCGGUUAUGGCUACGUCAAUUAUAGCAAUCCUCAAGACGCUGCAAGGGCAUUGGAUGUACUGAACUUCACCCCUUUCAAUGGAAGGCCCAUUAGGAUUAUGUAUUCUCAUCGUGACCCUAGCAUUCGCAAAAGUGGGGCUGGAAACAUAUUUAUUAAGAAUUUGGAUAAGGCGAUUGACCACAAAGCGUUACAAGAUACAUUUUCUGCAUUUGGGAGUAUUCUUUCUUGCAAGGUAGCUACAGACUCCUAUGGCCAGUCAAAAGGCUAUGGGUUUGUUCAAUUCGAUACUGAGGAGUCUGCCCAAAAAGCUAUAGAGCAGUUGAAUGGUAUGCUGUUGAAUGACAAGCAAGUUUUUGUUGGACCCUUCCUUCGCAAGCAGGAAAGAGAGAGUGCUAUUGACAAGAUGAAAUUCAACAAUGUCUUUGUUAAAAAUCUCUCUGAAUCGACAACUGAAGAAGAUUUGAACAAUAUUUUUGGAGAAUUUGGAAUUAUCACCAGUGUUAUUGUGAUGAGGGAUAUGGAUGGGAAAUCAAGGUGUUUUGGUUUUGUCAACUUUGAGAAUGCAGAUGAUGCUGCUAAGGCUGUUGAGGCUCUUAAUGGGAAGAAAGUGGAUGAUAAGGAGUGGUAUGUCGGGAAAGCCCAGAAGAAGUCUGAAAGGGAAAAUGAAUUGAAGCUUCGAUUUGAACAGAGUAUGAAAGAGGCAGCAGAUAAAUAUCAAGGGGCAAAUUUGUAUGUUAAAAAUUUGGAUGAUAGCAUAGGUGAUGAUAAAUUCAAGGAGCUUUUCUCUCAGUUUGGUACCAUUACCUCAUGCAAGGUUAUGCGAGACCCAAAUGGAAUAAGUAGGGGAUCAGGAUUUGUUGCAUUCUCUACUCCUGAAGAGGCAUCUAGAGCUAUGUCAGAGAUGAAUGGCAAAAUGGUUGUGAGCAAACCUCUAUAUGUUGCACUUGCACAGCGAAAAGAAGAUAGAAGAGCUAGGUUGCAGGCUCAAUUUUCUCAAAUGCGGCCAGUUGCAAUGCCACCAUCAGUUGCUCCUCGUUUGCCAAUGUACCCCCCUGGUGCUCCAGGUCUUGGACAACAGAUAUUCUAUGGCCAAGGUCCACCUGCUAUCAUUCCUUCCCAGCCUGGAUUUGGAUAUCAGCAGCAACUUGUUCCUGGUAUGAGGCCUGGUGGGGCUCCGAUGCCCAAUUUCUUCAUGCCAAUGGUUCAGCAGGGGCAGCAGGGGCAGCGUCCUGGUGGCAGGCGUGCAGGGGCUGUGCAGCAAACCCAGCAGCCAGUUCCACUAAUGCAGCAGCAGAUGCUUCCAAGGGGCCGUGUCUACCGUUACCCCCCUGGGCGUGCCCUGCCUGAUGUUCCCAUGCCUGGUGUUGCUGGAGGUAUGUUUUCUGUUCCAUAUGACAUGGGUGGUAUGCCGCUGCGUGAUGCAUCGUUGUCCCAGCCAAUUCCUAUAGGGGCUUUGGCUAGUGCCCUUGCAAAUGCUACUCCAGAGCAGCAGAGAACAAUGCUGGGUGAGAACCUCUACCCACUUGUGGAACAGCUGGAGCCUGAAAAUGCGGCUAAGGUUACAGGCAUGCUUUUGGAGAUGGAUCAGACUGAGGUGUUGCACUUGCUCGAAUCACCGGAAGCUCUGAAAGCAAAGGUGGCUGAGGCUAUGGAUGUUCUGAGGAAUGUUCAGCAGCAGCAAGCUGGCAAUGCGGCUGAUCAACUGGGCUCAUUGUCUCUGAAUGACAGCCUCGUUUCAUGAGGGCAUUGAAUGAGCGCUUCUACCUUUCGAAAUGGUUCGAAACUGAUGUAGGCGUGGCUUUGAUUUAGUUAAAAGUGAGGGCGUUGAGAAGGAUAGGCCGGUUGGGUAUGUACCGUUGACUUGUCUAUUUCCUCCCUUUUCAUGACUGCGACUGUUGUGGCAUCUGUGCUUGAAUUAUUUUUUCCUUUGCUCUGGUAUUGCGACAAUUUGCUUCCAUCUUUCGGACAUAGUGUAGUUGGUUCUAUUUGGUUUUUGAGCUUCCACUUGUGGCAAUGAGCAGUAUCCAAGUUGAUUC